CAGAAGCGCCGAGAUAAAGAAGCACAGGCCAACAAACAGGAGGCAGAAGAAGAGAGAUGGCUCACAGAAAAACCAAUGGAAGCAAAAUCUUCAUGACAGUGCUGUUUAUGGUGGCAGCAUGCAGGGCCGUCGCCAUCAACGACCUGCUGGACCGAGCCUCUGAGCGCUCCGACAUACUACACUCCCUCAGCACCACCCUCAGCCAUGACCUGGAUUCUCAAUUCCCUCCUAUAGGCCGGGUGAUCAUGCCCCGCCCCUCAAUGUGCCACACCGCCUCUCUGCAGACACCCAUUGACAAGUACCAGGCUCUUCAAGUAUCAGAGUCAGACCUGUUGUCACUGGCUCGCUCCUUGCUCCAAGCCUGGGAAGACCCCCUGGUGGUCCUCUCCACCUCUGCUAACACCCUGCCUCACCCGGCCCAGAGCAGCAUAUCCAACAAGAUCCAGGAGCUGCAGGAGCACUCCAAGAACCUGGGAGACGGCCUGGACAUCCUAUCUGGCAAGAUGGGUCCGGCGGCCCAGACCAUCGCCUCGCUGCCCUACAGAGGAGGCAACGACAUCGGCGAGGACAGGAUUUCCAAAUUGAUCAACUUCAAUUUCCUGUUGUCCUGCUUCCGCCGCGACUCCCACAAGAUCGACAGCUUCCUGAAAAUCCUGCGCUGCCGGGCAGCAAAAAUGCAACCGGAGAUGUGCUGAAGAGAGAGGCGGCCGGCAUGAUUUUUUUUUUCUCAAAACUUCUAUUGACCUACCAACUAUAUUAACAUUAGCACGCUUUGAAUCGGCUGUAAUAUCCUAAUUACUAGUUGGCAUUCUGAGCUUCCAGAAGGUGAAGAGAAGGAGGAGUUACAUGGCCCACACAGGAAAUCCUAUUUUGAAACACUUUUUUAGUCAUAUAAUGGCGUUUUAGCUCUUAUUGAUUUUGAUAGAAACAUUUCCCUUGUAUAUUUGCAAAGAAGGGCAAAAGUUGUACUUCCUAAACAGCUUCCUUUCGGACUUAAAAAGGUCAAAAGGUAAAAACACGUUAAGACAUUUCAGGUUGGGGGUAAACCUAACAGCUUCUAAUGUCUUGCUAAUGUGGACAAAGCAUGGCUCAGACACAGAUGUUUCCAGCUGGUCUGGCAUUUUGGACUGACCUUAUUGUGGUCACAAACGACACAUUCUCACUCCCCAGCGCGUCAAAAAAAAGCGACGCUUGGUCAGGUGCCUUUGGCGUUCGUUACUGACGCAUAAAGUCUUUUUAGCGCCUAGCCUUUUGGCGACAUUUCUAGAUGCGCUUGGUCGGGACUCUUGGCGUCACUUUUUGACGCUCUGGGCAGGACGUACGUUUAACUGGCAUGCGGUACAAGAACGGGACGGUUAGGUUUAGGAAAAGAUCGUGGGUGGGGUUAUUAAAUGUGCGUUUCUGUGACGCGCGGGACGAGAACGGGACACAAACCCCCGGUCUCCUGCUUGUUUGACCCAUCCGCCACCCCAACCAACCUCCUUAAGCCCAAUUUAUGCUUCUGGGUUGAAUCCACGCAGUAGGUACGUACGUAGAUAUGUACGUAGAUACGGACCCUACGCCGUAGCCUGACGUGCACCUCUCAAAAAAAUGGAACUGUAAAUGUACACGUCGCGGCGACGCAGACAACUGUGAUUGGUCUGCUCUGCCCUGGCUUGGUAGCGUUGCAUUUCCGAAGACUCAUUUCCAGGUUCUCGUCCUCUGUGAACAUCAUGAAAUCAAGGAGAGGGUUAACUUUUCCUGCUACAGCUUUCCCACCGUGGUCAGAAAGCACAGGGGAGACACUUUGGUUCUCUCACUAUGCUGCUAAUCACUACUCACUCAGAGCAAAAUCCCCGUCACUCUCACUCACUCUAACACACACUCCCCACGCACACACACACACACACACACACACACACAUGCCGGCCCUGCUACUCUCUUAAAAGAGAUACGCUAGAACGACGCAGACACCGGCGAACAAGCAUAAACUUCAGGCCACUUACGUAGGCUACGGUGUAAGCGUGGAGCCCCCGCAGAAGCAUAAAUCCUGCUUUACGCGGCUUUUCGGUCGUUCGUACUACUCGCUAUCGUCGUCGCUCUUAAUGCUACGUCAUCUUACAGCGCCGCGGUCGAGCUGCUGCUAUGCCCGGUGCGUUCCAAACAGACGCUAAAGGGUGAUAUGUGAGUCGGUACGUGACGCUGAGAGCCACUGACCAAGCGCCCGCAUUUGACGAAUUGGGAAAGAGAAGUGUGCUAUACUGGCGUGUUAUCUCUCCUGUGACUCCUUCUUGUCCUUCUCCCGAAGCUCUGUGUGUGUGAUGACAGGCAGGGCGUGACAUAUGAAAUCCCUCCGGCAGCCUCUCUUCAAACCAUUCUUCACACAGGCUUCAAUGGAGAGUAAUUUUCUCUUCCCGACUAAUGCUUGACUGAUUGCACUUUAGAUUUAAAUACACUUUCUUGAAAGCCUUUUGGAAGCGACGCUUAUCAAUUUCAAUGUUUCUUUCAAAUCUGCACAUUAAUAAAUAAAAAAAAAAUCAUCUCUUGCACAGUAAAA